GAUCUUUAUAUCUGGUUGCUGCUGAGUUGAGAGGAAAUCACACAAAGAUGAAGCCAGAAACCAAAUCACUGUUAAACAUCUUUGUCCUGGGUCUUGGAUUUAUGUUAAUGUUCACUGCCUUUCAGACCUGUGGAAACAUUGAACAAACCGUGAUUAAGAGUUUUAAUAGCACAGAAUUUCAUGGAAGCGGUUACACAAGCUUGUCUAUUAUUUACGGAGUCUUUUCUGCAUCAAAUCUAAUUGCUCCUUCAGUGGUAGCUGUCAUUGGUCCUCAGUUGUCACUUUUUUUCAGUGGACUAGUUUACAGUGGAUACAUUGCUAUGUUUAUUCAUCCAUUUACCUGGAGUUUCUAUACUGUUUCAGUCUUGGUCGGAAUUGCUGCUGCAGUGCUGUGGACCGCUCAGGGGAAUCUUCUUACCAUUAAUUCCAGUGAUUCCACCAUUGGCCGUAAUAGUGGGAUAUUUUGGGCUUUGCUGCAGUUUAGCUUGUUCUUUGGCAAUCUUUACAUUUAUGUUGCCUGGCAUGGGAAGGUCAACAUAUUAGAUAAAGACCGUCAGACAGUGUUCAUUUCGCUCACCAUCAUCAGUCUGGUUGGAAACUUCCUCUUCUUCCUCAUUCAGCGAACUGAAACAGAAGUUUUGCCUUCUGAGGGGUCUGAAUCACCAGUGCCUGGAGAUGCUUGUGAAAGCGACUCAGGGGUGGUAGCGUCGCAGGGCCUAUGUGUUCAGGCUUUGGUGGCAUUCAAGAAAUCCAUUCAGCUGUCUAUGACCAAAGAAAUGUUGCUGCUAAGUAUAACCAUCGCAUACACAGGACUGGAAUUGACAUUUUACAGUGGGGUAUAUGGGACCUGCUUAGGAGCCAUGACGCAGUUUGGUGAUAAUGCCAAAAGUCUCAUUGGCCUCUCUGGAAUUUUCAUUGGUGUUGGUGAAAUUCUUGGUGGGUCUGUGUUUGGAAUGCUGAACCAGUGCAACAAGUAUGGAAGGAACCAUGUGGUGCUCUUGGGAUUGUUUACACACUUUUUGGCCUUCUACCUAAUAUUCCUGAACAUAGCCAGUGAUGCCCCACUUGCCCCAGAGGAGGGCACACGGUUGCAAGGCUUCUUCACUCCCAGCAUGGAGUUGGCAUUGUUCUGCAGUUUUCUGCUUGGGCUUGGUGACAGCUGUUUUAACACACAACUACUCAGCAUUGUGGGUUUCAUAUUUCGUGAAGACAGCGCUCCAGCAUUUGCUGUUUUCAAGUUUGUACAGUCCAUCGCUGCAGCUCUGGCAUUCAUCUACAGUAACUAUCUUCUACUGCAGUGGCAACUGCUCAUUAUGGUACUGGUGGGCUUUACUGGGACCAUUUCAUUCUUUGUGGCUGAAUGGACUGUGGUCAACAGCAGACGAAACUCCGAUUAUGACAGCAUCUAAUGGCUGGAGUCAAAGACAAUGUGGCAGCAGGAGACUAGUUUUGUGCACUCCUUUUCAGCAUUUUUCCUGCAGCUUCCUUGAUCCUCAGGAUUGUUAAAAAAUUUGUAGAUCUGGCCAAGUUUGUACACCUCCCCACUCUAACACACGCACAACUGUAUUGUUUCUUCUUUCUUGCAGGUUAUAAUUUUUUUAUAUAUAUAUAUAUAUAUAUAUAUAUAUAUAUAUAUAUAUAUAUAUAUAUAUAUAUAUAAAGCCAUUAAAUUUCUUUUUUGCUUUUCUGAUAAUGAAAAUUUUAAAGGUCUAAAGGAAUUAGGGUUGGUUGUGUACACAUCUCAAAACUGUAAGGCAAUAAUUGUUGUAAAAUGCCUUAUUAAAUUAAUGUAAUUUCAGGCAUAGUUCCAGCUAAUUAUUGAGCCAAAGGCAAAGUGCAGUGUAGUAAUUCCUUAUUGUUAUAAAGGGAAAACAUUUCAAAUGUGUAUGUUUUAAUAGUAGAAUCCAGUCAUUAGAAAAUACUUAUAAUUUAGCUACAAGAUGACCGAGAUAUUGCCUCCAGUUAAACUUGGUUUUGUUUAAACUUUUUACCUUAAGUGUUUUCCCCCCCAUCCCUUUAAUAUUUACUAGCCACUGGCCACAGAAUAAUCAGUUAAUGUUAAAAGAACAAAUAAGAUUCUCUGUUAUUAAUAGUCUCAGAUUUCAUUUUUGGAAAUUUACAACAGUAAUAUUGGUCCUUCCUUUAAAUGAUACGUCGCUAAAAUGUUCAAUGACAAUUGAAGAAUCAAUGAUGUGAGAAAGAAUCUGACAACCUGUAUGCCUCUGCACAUCUCUAGAUGUUCAUUUCCUCAAGAUUUAAUUCGUAACACUACAUCAGUAUAACUGUAAUAAAUUAAUGAUAUUUCUGUUAAAUCAUCAAUUGUAAAUUCACAAAUCUAAUUUGUGAAAGCAAUACCAUAAUCUGUGGUACAACUGCAAAUAUAGGCGGAAGAUAGCUAUGUACUCAGGACUUUUGCUACAAGACAUACAUGAGUGCUGUAAUCCUGUAAAUGCGUAAAAAAAAAUUCUAACGAUUUAACAUUUAUACUUUUUUUUCCCCCACAUUUGGCUCAUCUUAUGUAUAAGAAAACAACUGGACAUUUUCAAGCUUCCAAAAAUAGAAAGCUGUUCAGUGAAGAUUCUGCAGAGAGCAAUAGAGCCUUUGAAAUGCAUGCAGUACGAUAAUCAGUUUUAUUAUGGUGGUGGUAUAUGGAUAAUGUUCCAUAAAAACAAACAAACAAAAAAAUCCUGAAUCAUUCUCUCUCCCUUUCUCACUGGCUGUGUAGUUGUAUGUGCAUGCAUUGCACCUACACAUUAAAAGUAUGUAAUAAAGGUGGUUCUUGUUUGUACUAUGUAUAUAAUCCUGAUUUCACCCCAGGAAACACCUUUCUUUUUUUUUAUCCAUUAUUCUCUUAGGAUUAUUUAUAAAUUUAGUGCUUCUGUUUACUGUUAAAAUAUACAAAUAUACAUGGAUGCAUAUAUUAACUUGGUGCAUUUACAAAUUGGUAAAUGUAUUCUUAAAAACACACCUAGUGCUUUUAACAGGCAUCAUGGUUAAAGCUGGAACUUAUUUAAGGGCCUCUAGUAUUCUACCCUCCCAAAAAUUUUCAGUCAAUAUUUUCUCAACAGCUGCAUAUAUUUUUCCCCAUUCCUUCCUCUUCUUCUGCUUCUUUUUUUUUUUUUUGCAAACUGAGCACCUAAUGGAUUUAACCUUUUCUUAUUUAUAUGUUUAUUUAAUUCAACAGGCAUCAGGAGAUUACACUUCGCUUACACAGUUUGGAGAAAAAAGCACAUUGGAGACUUUUAAUGCAGAAGAUUCCUGAUAAUGUAACACCAUAAAGGCAUUUCUGUGGCACCACUCGAAAGUUUCUGCGCUUUGUACAGUAUCGAUUUUGGAGCCAUUAAAGCGAUACGUGAAUCAACACAAAAGAAUCGCAAAUAAUAACAGAACUAACUUUACUAACUGCAUUGCUGUGCGGAAUUAGUUGACCUGAGGGGAUGUCCACAAACUCCCUGCCUCCCCAUCUCUAAGGGACCUUUCCAGUGAGUCCCCUGCCUUACCCACAAAAUAAAAUCAGGGCACUAACAAGGUUAAUUAACUUGUGACAAAAAAUUACAUGUGCAAAUGAGCAAUAGAAACUGAUGUAUUUUGAUUUCUGCUGCAGCGCACAGAAUUUUAAACUAACCUGCAUUGUGCCAACUGACCAGGUUGGUGAAGGUGGCACACUUUGCAUAUGUUACAGUACUAUCAAUUAUUGCUUAAAUGAUAAUCAAAAUGACACACUGUCUAUACCUUCAUAGUCACGAUUUACAUAUUUUCUAAUGACUACUUUCAGCAUGACUAUGCACCAUUAUAACCACUUAAAAUAGUUCUCUGACCAUGACAAUAUGUUUUCAGUGUCUAAGGCCUGUGGUAAAACAGGAGAUUUGCAGCAUGACAGUCCACCUAA